AUANCAGAACUGGAGGUCCCGCGUGCUGCAGAACUGGAGGUCCCGCGUGCUGCAGAACUGGAGGUCCCGCGUGCUGCAGAACUGGAGGUCCCGCGUGCUGCAGAACUGGAGGUCCCGCGUGCUGCAGAACUGGAGGUCCCGCGUGCUGCAGAACUGGAGGUCCCGCGUGCUGCAGAACUGGAGGUCCCGCGUGCUGCAGAACUGGAGGUCCCGCGUGCUGCAGAACUGGAGGUCCCGCGUGCUGCAGAACUGGAGGUCCCGCGUGCUGCAGAACUGGAGGUCCCGCGUGCUGCAGAACUGGAGGUCCCGCGUGCUGCAGAACUGGAGGUCCCGCGUGCUGCAGAACUGGAGGUCCCGCGUGCUGCAGAACUGGAGGUCCCGCGUGCUGCAGAACUGGAGGUCCCGCGUGCUGCAGAACUGGAGGUCCCGCGUGCUGCAGAACUGGAGGUCCCGCGUGCUGCAGAACUGGAGGUCCCGCGUGCUGCAGAACUGGAGGUCCCGCGUGCUGCAGAACUGGAGGUCCCGCGUGCUGCAGAACUGGAGGUCCCGCGUGCUGCAGAACUGGAGGUCCCGCGUGCUGCAGAACUGGAGGUCCCGCGUGCUGCAGAACUGGAGGUCCCGCGUGCUGCAGAACUGGAGGUCCCGCGUGCUGCAGAACUGGAGGUCCCGCGUGCUGCAGAACUGGAGGUCCCGCGUGCUGCAGAACUGGAGGUCCCGCGUGCUGCAGAACUGGAGGUCCCGCGUGCUGCAGAACUGGAGGUCCCGCGUGCUGCAGAACUGGAGGUCCCGCGUGCUGCAGAACUGGAGGUCCCGCGUGCUGCAGAACUGGAGGUCCCGCGUGCUGCAGAACUGGAGGUCCCGCGUGCUGCAGAACUGGAGGUCCCGCGUGCUGCAGAACUGGAGGUCCCGCGUGCUGCAGAACUGGAGGUCCCGCGUGCUGCAGAACUGGAGGUCCCGCGUGCUGCAGAACUGGAGGACCCGCGUGCUGCAGAACUGGAGGUCCCGCGUGAUACAUAACUGA